AUGCUUCUUGUAGCAGUGGACGCUUUCUCCAAAUUUGUUUGGUUAAUACCUCUACGUCGAGCUACCACCCAGAGCACCGUAAAGGCUUUGCACUCUCAUUUGUUCCAACAUUUUGGAGUACCUACCACCAUUGUGACGGAUAAUGGAAGUCAGUUUACCUCACAUAUAUUCAAUAGGAUGUGUUUUGGACAGGGUAUUCUACAUGUGACCACAUCUCCUUAUUAUCCACAGCCGUCUCACGCUGAAAGAUUUAAUCGCAAUCUUAGAGCUGCACUAAUUGCUUAUCAUGCUGAGAAGCAAGAUUGUUGGGACCAGAAUCUUAAUUGGCUCCAGUUGGCGUUCAAUACUGCUCUGCACGAGGGACACAAAUCCAUCCCAUUUCAACUCAUGCUGGGAUACAAACCUAAUAAUCCGCUGUCAAACAUUUGGAAAAUAAACCAUCUACUUCCUGAUUCUCCGGACUCCAACAUUAAAGAAGCUUGGGCUGCUGCGAAACGAAACCUACAUCUCUCUCAUGAAAGAGUAAGGAGGAGGUACAACGUGGGUCGAAAAGAGAACCCCUUCAAGAUAGGACAAUUGGUGUACUGUUUGGCUCAUCCAGUAAGCUCAGCUAUUGAAAAGAAAGCUGGAAAAUUAUGUUACCGCUGGACUGGUCCUCACCGAAUUGCUCGCUUCCUUUCCCCUGUCACUGCUUUGUUGGUAGAUCCACUCAGUGGAGGGAAAUUUCGAAAAGCUCAUGUUUCCCAUCUGAAGGAGUAUAAGGGUCCUCCUUUGGUGGAGGAGGUUGAGCCGUGCGAGUUGACGGCUCAGGUCUUCUAUUACAUAUAA